AUGAAUCCAGCCAGGAGCAUCCAGCUUAUCCUGAUCCUCUACCUCCAGUGCAUCUCUGUAUGCACACCUGCUCCGGCUCGUGGCCAUGCAGAGGAGCGACUACUUCAGGUUUUAUUCCAGCGCUAUAACAAGCUCUCACGUCCUGUUCAGAACAUCUCAGACGUCGUUUUUGUCCACUUCGGCCUUUCCAUCGCUCAGCUCAUUGAUGUAGAUGAAAAGAACCAAAUGAUGACCACCAAUGUUUGGGUGAAACAGGAAUGGAGCGAUUACAAGCUGCGCUGGAACCCUGAGGAGUUCGAGAAUGUCACCUCCAUCAGAAUCCCCUCCGAGCUCAUCUGGAGGCCCGAUAUUGUGCUCUACAACAAUGCUGAUGGAGAUUUCGCCGUGACCCAUUUGACCAAAGCCCAGGUGUUCCAUGAUGGUAGAGUCAAAUGGAAGCCUCCUGCCAUAUAUAAGAGCUCCUGCAGUAUUGACGUCACCUUCUUCCCUUUCGAUCAGCAAAACUGUAAGAUGAAAUUCGGGUCUUGGACGUAUGACCGAGCCAAGAUCGACUUGAUCAGCAUGGACAGCAAUGUGGAUCAAAUGGACUACUGGGAGAGUGGUGAGUGGGUCAUCAUCAAUGCUGUGGGAAAGUACAACAGCAAGAAAUAUGAGUGCUGCACAGAAAUCUACCCAGACAUUACAUAUUACUUUAUCAUCCGUCGGCUCCCUCUGUUCUACACCAUCAAUCUGAUCAUCCCGUGCCUGCUGAUCUCAUGCUUGACCGUGCUCGUGUUCUAUCUACCUUCUGAGUGUGCUGAGAAGAUCACGCUGUGCAUAUCUGUGCUGCUCUCGCUCACAGUGUUCCUCCUGCUCAUCACAGAAAUCAUCCCUUCCACCUCAUUGGUCAUUCCACUCAUCGGUGAGUACCUGCUCUUCACCAUGAUCUUUGUCACACUUUCCAUUAUCAUCACUGUGUUUGUGCUGAACGUCCACCACCGCUCAACUCGCACACACCGAAUGCCUAACUGGGUCCGCCAACUCUUUCUCCACCUGGUACCUCGAUACCUUUUCAUGAAACGCCCACCCGCCGCAGGGAAGAGGAACUGCCGCAAACUCAUCGAAAUGAUGCACAAGCCAAUGGCGAUGCAGCCAAUCCAGCAGGAUAACCCCCCCAUGACCAUGCCCCUUGACCUGUGCACGGUCUCUGCUGCUCCAUCAUGCGCGAUACAACGUGAAGCGGCGUCCAAAUCUCCUCUUUUCUGCAGCUCACCCAGCAGUCAGUACUCCAUCCUUCAAGAGGAGCCCACACUCAUGAACCGCACUCCUGGCACUCAAGUGAACACUUCCUCUACAACAAGCCCUUCGUUGUCUCCAGAUGCACCGCUUGGGCCUCUGCUUCGAACAUUAGCCCUGAGUGAGAUUUGUGAAUAUCAGUGCCACAGUGCCGAGAGUGUGUUUGUGGAUACCACCGAGGGUUCGCACGAGACGGAAACUCUUUGGCACUGCCAUAAGCAUGAGGAGACAAGCAUACAUACGUACUUCACUGCAGAUCGAGGUGAAAGGAAAGGUUCGUGUGGACGACACAAGGUCCGGGGCACGCAAAUCUCAAAUUCCAACUGCUGUAAAGAAUCCAAGAUGGAGGAACUUCCGGUGUCCCAGUCACUCCUGCGGGCCCUCGAGGGAGUCCAGUACAUCGCCGACCAUCUCAGAGCUGAGGAUUCAGACUUUUCGGUACGAGAAGACUGGAAAUACGUUGCCAUGGUGAUCGAUCGAAUAUUCCUCUGGAUGUUUGUGUUGGUGUGCAUUUUGGGGACAGCGGGACUGUUUCUACCUCCUUGGUUGGCCGGAAUGAUCUAG